CAGGCACUUAGAUCUGGCCCAGACAUUUAGACAGGGGUGGCCUUUGGAAAUCUCUUAACUUUUCUGAUACCAUUUCUUGAUCUGUAAAAUGAGGUUAAUAAAAUGAGACAAGGAGUGAAUCAAAGGAGUCUCCGUUCAAUUUGAGGAAAUUGUCCAAUUGAGUUGAUGAGGUUACCCAGCAUGAGCUAUCCUUUGAAGGCAACUGAAGAGCAUUUCCCAAUGAGAAUGUGAACAUACCCACAGAUGACUUGUUGAUAGGAAGGAACUGAGGGUGAUGACCCGAAAAGAUCAUGUCUGAAGUACAGGGAACGGUUGAGUUUUCUGUAGAGCUACACAAAUUCCACAAUGUGGAUCUCUUCCAGCGAGGGCAUUAUCAAGUCCGAGUUACCUUGAAGGUCCCCUCAAGAAUUCCCCACAGGUUGAGUGUCAAGCUUGGUGGGCAGACAGAGGUCUCCAACUUGGGUUCCGCAAGUGUCCAAGACAACACUGUGAACAGCCGGAUAUUUCAAAUCUUGUACAGGAAUGAAGAGAUCGUCAUUAAUGAGCUGAUGACUUUUCGAGUGCAUUUGCUCUUAGAUGGGGAAAGGGUUGAAAACGCUUUAAGUGAAGUUGAUUUCCAGCUCAAGUUGGACCUUCAUUUUACAGAGAGUGAACAACAGUGGGAAAACCGAAGCCAAGACAGGGCAAGGGAUUUGGCGGGGAUGCCAACCAUCAGCAGCCGCACCCUGGGCCUCCACUUCCAGCCUCGAAGGGGCCUGCACCACCAUAUCCCUGUAAUGUUUGACUAUUUCCACCUGUCCGUGAUCUCCGUGACAAUCCAUGCCUCACUAGUGGCCCUGCAACAACCAUUGAUCAGCUUUACACGCCCAGGGAAAGGAUCGUGGCUGGGUAAAGGCAGCCCAGAGUCAGGUUCGGAACAGUCCAGUAUGUCCUUAGAAAGCCUUGUCUUUGGAGCUGGUUACUGCAAACCUUCUUUCUCAGAGAUGAAGAAAUUGAGGCUUAGAGAGUUUAGUGACUUAAUUACUGCCACGAAGCCUGAAAGCAGCAAAGCAGAAACUGGAAGCCAGGGAAGCUUUUAUACACCCUCUGAGAACUGUAUGCAACACGCAUAUAAAUGGCACCGGAACUUAUGUCACCUGCUUUUGAACACAUACCAAGAACUGUAUGUUUACUUCCUCAUCCUCAUGAAGGAUAUCCCAGAUUUCCCACGAAUGAAGCUGGAGAAACUUGCUGUUGAAGAAACAUUAUCUCUCCUGUGUUCAGAGUUACAGCUGCUGAACAACCCAGAGAAGAUAGCUGAGCAGAUAAGUAAGGAUCUCACUUGGCUUUGCUCACACCUCUUGGAACUGUGGACCCAGUUCCUGGAAGUGGUGUCACUGAACCCUGAAGUCACAACAUAUCUCAACAAGGAGCACCAUGCUCUAAGGGUCAGAAGAUUUUCAGAGGCUUUCUUCUACAUGGAACAUCAAAAGCUUUCUGUCCUGACAUUUCAGGAAAGUGUGAUCCAAAGACAGAGUCAGAUUGCUUUGGACGUCCGGAAUUCUGAAUACUUCACCAGCAUGCCUCCCCUCCCAGCAGAAUGCCUAGAUAUUGAUGGAGACUGGAACACCCUACCAGUCAUUUUUGAGGAUAGAUACGUGGAAUGUCCUGGGAAAGGGUACAAUUUGGGGAUUUCCCCAAAUGUUGCUCCUGUUAAAACUACCCCAAAAGUGGAACAAAAGGAAAAAGAGAUGAGUCAGCAGUCAAAUACUAAUGUAACAUCUGAGAAAACAACAUUCAGGGAAGAUACUUCUUUACCACGCCACUUUGAAAUGGACUAUCUGUGUCCUGGUACAGGUGGGGAAGUAUCCGUGGACAGAUACUCACCCCCUAGUUCAGUAUCUCAGGUAUACUUGACGAUUGGUGAAUCCCAGGAUGAAAUGGGUUUACCUCAAGAGCCUCCAACGACUUCAGCAGAUGAUCCUGCAGCUGACGUCAGGCCAAUUGUCUUAACACAAUCUGUACCAGACUUGAGCAGAUCUGAGCAGACUGUGGCUGGAGAUAGCAAUCUGGCUUCUUGCUUGACAUACAUUGAAAUGAAUCCCAGCAAUAAGUACUCUGAUAAUAGUGAACCUGGCUUAGUAAUUGCUACUCAUUAUGAGACCAGGACACCUGUAGAUAAUUACAUUAGGACUGUGUCGGACGAAGCAGCUGCAUUUCCUAACCCUGAGAAUGUUGUCUUCACAGACAACAUUGUAUUAAGUGAAUUAAGCAAGAAGGGGAAUCAAGAGACUAAGGCCACAUUGCUGUCACUAAAGCAUCUUCCAGUAAACUUGACUGAUCCAUUGAGCCCAACGCCAAGAGAUCCAUUGGAUGUGAAGUCAUUUCCAAGGGAUCCAAAAAGUAAUGAACGUGAAGUGUUAUCAGCGCUGUCUGGGACCAUCAAGCGGUCUUCUUCAGUCAUCUCUGACUCAGGAAUCGAAAGCGAACCAAGCUCCGUUGCUUGGUCCGAAGCCCGUAGCCGGGCUCUGGAGUUACCCAGUGACCGAGAGGUCUUGCACCAACUUGUAAGAAGGCAUGCCAUCCAUAGAAACUCCUUAGAAGGAGGUCACACAGAAAGCAAUACAAGCUUGCCUAGUGGUAUCCAAGCUUCCCUGACCUCUAUUAGCUCUUUGCCCUUUGAGGAAGAGGAGCGAGAGGUGGCACUGAACAAGCUAACUAAAUCUGUUUCGGCUCCUCAGAUAAGUAGCCCAGAGGAGUUGGCAGAGGACAGUGACAUAUCCAGAAGUGACCAGGGGAAUUCAGAGACCUUAGAUGGGCACUUUCAGAAAUACCUUGAAGAAAACCAGGACGAGGGCAGAAACAUAGAUUCCAUUCGGAACGUUCCUGGGUUUCAAAAUGACCCCCCAAAGCAUGACUGUGAAGUCUUCCAUUCACUAGUGGAGGUGGUUUUUGACACAGAUCACCCACAGGAAGAUAAGGGCUACAUGGACUUAGCAGAAGUUAACAAUAAUCCACAUUUUCUUUUUGGGCAUUGUAGUUUCACCUAUAGUGAACCAGUGGUGGAUGAAACAUCUUAUGUUGAUGGAGCUGAGUACUCCUCCAUGGCUAAAACCAAAGAACUGACUUUAGACAUAUUGCAUGUCUCUGAAGUACAUACUAUACAGGAUGAUGCUUCCAAUGAAGGUCUACUGGAGAAUCCAAAGGCUGGGUCUGAAGUCUCAGAGACUGAGAAUGACAUAUUUUCUAGUGUCAACAUCUCAGCCAUUGAGGAUUUCCCCAAAUCCAUCCAUCAGGUGCCUGAAUUUCCCUGCAGUCCCUCUAUAAAAACUGCCAGGCCAGAUUCAAAGACAGAGAAAAGUAGGGGCUCUUCCACUGGUGAUGAUACCCCUACCCAAGAAGGGUCCCAUAUUUUGCAGGAAGUAGAUUUAAAUGAAGUCAUUGUGGUCAACCACAGCCCAGAGGUCCAUGACAUUAAUUAUCAAUGCCUUGAAAACUUUGAAUCUAAACCUAUUGCCAAUAGCAACAACUUCCAUUUGGCCACCACUGAGGCAUUGGCAUUGGACACAAGAAAGGCUGUGGAGGUGGUUAAUUUGUCUGUGUCCUGUGCAGCUACAUGUCUUCCUUUCUCCUCAAUGCUUAAGGAAGCUCCUGCCAAGGUUGGACUUUCUUCUAAACAAAACAUAUUCCCAAUUACCCACCAGCCUGUGGGCUCCUUUGGGGUGAUCUUAUGUGAUACAAGAAAUUUGGAAGAAGAAGUCAAUGAAAGAAUGUUUAGUUUUUAUCAGGCCAAAGAGAAAUUUAAAAAAGAGCUGAAGAACGAAGAGUGUCUGUACAGUGACUUGUCUGUACUAGCUUCUGACUUGCCGUAUUUUCCACCAGAGGAAGAGGAAGAGAACUUGGAAGAAGGGAUUCAUCUGGUUAUCUGUGUCCAUGGGCUGGAUGGUAACAGCGCAGAUCUCCGCCUGGUAAAGACAUUUAUUGAACUGGGCCUUCCUGGAGGAAAAUUGGACUUCUUGAUGUCUGAGAGGAAUCAGAGUGACACUUUUGCUGACUUUGACACAAUGACAGACCGAUUGCUAGAUGAGAUCAUUCAGCAUAUCCAAUUGUAUAAUCUGUCUAUUUCUCGAAUCAGCUUCAUUGGCCAUUCCCUUGGCAACAUCAUCAUCCGAUCAGUAUUGACUCGGCCUCGUUUUCGGUAUUACCUCAACAAGCUACAUACCUUUCUCUCUCUCUCUGGGCCGCACUUGGGGACACUGUACAACAAUAGUACUCUUGUUAGUACAGGUUUGUGGCUAAUGCAAAAGCUGAAGAAAUCUGGGUCCCUUUUGCAGCUGACCUUCAGGGACAACACAGAUCUGCGCAAAUGUUUCCUGUACCAACUGAGCCAAAAAACAGGCCUUCAGUACUUUAAAAAUGUUGUGUUGGUUGCUUCUCCUCAAGACCGGUACGUGCCAUUUCAUUCAGCAAGGAUUGAAAUGUGUAAAAUGGCCCUCAAGGACAGGCAUACAGGCCCAGUUUAUGUUGAGAUGAUCAACAACCUUCUCCAACCUCUGGUUGAGGCCAAGGAUUGCACUGUAAUUCGACACAACGUGUUCCAUGCUCUGCCCAACACUGCCAAUGCCCUCAUCGGCCGAGCUGCCCACAUAGCUGUGCUGGAUUCUGAACUCUUCCUGGAGAAAUUUUUCCUGGUCACAGGACUCAACUACUUCAAAUAAUGGCUUUAGGGGACUCAAUUAGGGCCCUGUGUAAUACCCCAAAAAGCAACCAGUGCACUUUUUUCAGUAUCAUCCAGACCCUUAGCUGAAACAUACAGCUUUUUAGACAGGAGGCCCAUGCUAAACAUUGAAAUAGGAGCCCUAUUUGCAUUUUAGGUGGAAAGCGGAAAGGAGGAGGCCAUACUGGGAUGGUUACAGAUAUUGAAGCUGCUCCUAUGUCGGUUUAGGAAAGCCAAGCAAACCAUCAUUUACCAAAUUGUAGUCUCAUUCCAAAUACUUCACAAGAAUAAGAAGAAAAAUAAACAAGUGUUGGGAGAGAGGUGGUGGGACCAGUGUCAUAAUCUUAAUAGCAUAGAACAAUGGCUUCCUCCCCUGUUUAACUCAAUUUGUCCAAAGCAUUACCAGCUUGAGUGUUUGUCAGUUGACAUAAGUUCAUAGAAACAUUUCAGAACUCAGGUUAAAACCUCUUUUUGUGUGUGUAGAACUGGAGAUUAUUUAUGUGCAAAGAAUCCUUUAUAAAUUCUUUUGUGCCAUCUCUGUUUAAAAAAAAAAUGUGAUUUCCAUUCCAUCAUUCCUUUUCAUACAUGGUUAAAGGGGUAUUCUUAAAAAAAAUUUUUUUUCUUUUGGUGGGGGUGGGAACAUGAGGGAGGGGAGGGAGUAAGGUAGUUCAUCACUGAUCCUAGGUAUCCUGCAAAUAAAAAUACCCAUGAAGAGUAUAUUAGGGCCAGUUGGUCCAGGUACCUUUUUUCUGGAUCCCUACUUAAGUUGCGGUCUACAUCAUACUUUUGUUAUUGGUGAUGUUUACAUCUUUGUUUUCAGUCAGGGAUAUUUACUUAUAGGAAAUUGGAAUCACUAUACUCGAAGUAGAGCCUACUAUACAUUGGUUUGAUGGCACUAUUGUAGUCAUCCAAAGAAAUGCCAACUUACCACCUAAUGCUACUGGGGAGAAGUGAAAAAAAAAACAGGGAAGACCAUUAAAAUGGCCAACUAUUCCUCCUUUAUAAAGAAAUAAAAUCAUCCAAAUUGAGGGAUGAAGAAUUGAAAUCUUAACCCAAUUACAGUGAGCAUACCCUACAGUGUCAUCUUGCCUUCAGAAAAAUGCUAAAAACUCAGAGGACAACAGAUAAAGAGAUGGCAAAGUGACAAAAUGAGUUCAGAGCAGACAGCAAUGUGCUGGGUCUCAGGAGACCCAGAUUCAAGUCUCAAUUCUACUACUUAUUAGCUGGAUAAUCAUAGGCAAGUCACUCAGCUUCUAUGAGCUUUAGCUUCCUCAGCUUUCAAAUAAGGACUUUUGACUGGAAUAGCUGUAAGCUACUUGCCAGCUCAAAAAGACUUUGAGGACAGGGGUCAUUUCAACAAGAAAGGAAAUUUCAAACAUCAUUGGUUUGGUCUUUCUCCCAGCAAAGAACUGAGAAUACUGAAUGCUGGCUAAAUGUAUGGCUUUAAAAUCGAAUUAAGUGGAAGUGAUUAAAAGCCCAUGACAGAGAACAUUUCUUAUGGAAGCCUAUGGAGACCAAAGGCUUCAUGCUCUUACCCUGAAAGAAUCCCUUUCAUUAAAAGUGGAAACACCUUCAAGAAAAAUUCAGUGAGACUGGGCUCCAAGUACCUAUACUAUAAAACUCGGGGACAUUGUUUUAGCUUAGAGAUGAUUCUUCCCUCUGACUUGUGUUCCAUUAAGCCCAUAGUAGUAAGUUGUUACCAAAAAAUAAAUCAUAGAAUCAUAGAAUGUUUAGAGAUUGAAGUAACAAUAGAAAAUAGAAUGUUAAAACUGAAAAGGACCUGACUAUAUAGAUUGCUACAGAUUAAAGGGUCCUUAGAAUUUAGAAUGUUAAUAUAUUUAAAAAAAAAACCUUCAGGAGCAUGUGUUCCAGUCCUUUGAUUUGAGAGAUGAAGAAACUGAGGCCCAAUAAAGGUUAGUGACUCAUCCAAGUAUGCACAGAUAAAAAGUGCUAGAGCCAGAACUAGAGCAAAGUUCCUUUGAAUCAACUCCUGGCUCCAUAUUGUCUAAAAGCUGAUUACAAGCAGUCAUCUCCCUAGUGAUAAUGUACAAUCUCUGGCUUUCUUUCUUUUUAGAAGAAAAUGAUACCUAUGAGGGCCUAUGGAGUCAUACAUCUCUCUGAAUGUCCAGCACUAUGUAUUUUUUGAUGCAUGUUCACCCAGGAGAAAGGCUCACAAUUUAUAAGAAUGUCCCCAUCUUGGCCAAAUGCAUCCAUUCCCAUGAGCACAUCAGUCUUACCAUUGCAUGUCUAUGAACCUCUCUGUGAUAUGUGUCAAUGUGUGAUCAUUUGAAGGCCCUCAGAGCCAUUGGCUAUAAAGCCAAGAUGAAUCCAACAAAUAUUGUCCAUUUAAAUAACCAGAUUUUUUAAAAAAAAAAAUAUCCAAUGUGCUGCCUAAACCAACUGAUAAAAAUACUGGCAAUAAUAAAUAGUUCAGCAAUGCAAUGAUUUGAGAUCCCCCAGUGCCUCUUUUUCACUGGGGUAGCUGUCUCUGUUGUAAAGACGUUGUUAUAAAGCCCAACUGAUUUAUGAGUUUAUAUUACUGUCAUGUAGAAAAUACAUGCUAAUCUUAUAAAAGUGUGUAUAUUGUCAGACUUCUAGGAACUCAAGAUAGUCUCAUUUGGAAAGACUUUGUAGUAUAUAUAUAAAUAUUUUAUAU